AAAUGUAAUUGAAAAAAUAAUACAACUGCAAAUGAUGUAUCUGUCCACUCACAAAAUUAUAAAAAAUGUAAGACUGACAUGAAUGUCAUAAAAAUCUAAAAUCAAUCAAGCAAAAUGAAACCCGCAUCCUAGUUUCUAAAAUAAACAAUGAAAAUUCCAGUGCCAACAAUUUUUUGAAUUUCAAUAAUGUGUGAAAGCCCCCCAUUUUCUACCAGUGUCUACAAUGAUAAAGUAACAGACCUUGCGUCGACGUAAUGAGCGAGAAAAAAAAAGGCAAUGAUAAAGAGGAAGAGGACUGUAGCUGCUACGCGGAGUCGCGAACCAAAAAAACUUGCCCGCCCAUCAGAAACGUGACGCACCCGCUACGCUACUAUGAAUUCACUCAAGAUGAGAUCAAAGCUUUGGAGGAAUGCGACAGGGAGAGCUUCUACAGACGCUGCGUGCCAUUCAGCUCGGCAUUCGCCACUGCGACAUACGCUGCUAUAAAAACAGGGCACCUGGCUCGGCACCCGCACUUUGGCGUGUUCCCGAAGGUGCUUACGGCAGCGCUGCUGGGUCACGUGGUGGGCCGGCUGUCGUACUCGCCCGACUGCGACGCGCGCCUUCGCGACCUGCCGGGCGGCAGCCGCCUCGGCGACCUGAUGAGGCAGUACCACGCGGCCAACAACCCUCCGCCAGACCCAAAAAAACGCUGACCUCAUCAAUCUAGUGAUUUGUUUGAAUACAAUAAAGAAGUCGUUGUUAUUGACAUGGUGUUCAUUGUCCUUCCUUUCACCUAAGUAAUUGGCGUAUCUGGGGUUCUUUUUCAGGGAGGGCCUGGCCCCUAAUAAUAUUAAAACACACCACUCUCCUCUCUAGUAUGAUCACGAUGGUAUUUUAAUUUUUA